AUGGAAAAUUCACAAAACAAAAACACAGAAGAUAUUGGACGUAAUACGACUUGUAAUGACACAAACGAAUCUGUAAGCAUGCCUAUGGGGUCAAAUAUUAGUCCUGAGACUGAAGUAAGUGAACCGGCAAACAAAAGAUUGAUAUCUGUUGUCUGGAACCAUUUUGAAGCAAUAUAUAUUGAUGGUCUUCGUCGAUUUGCAAAAUGUAAGUAUUGCAAUAAACAGAUGACCGGUAGACCUAAUGAUGGGACAACACAUUUGAAAGAUCACUUCAAGAGAUGUCCGAGGAGAGUUACAAAAGACAUAAGACAACAUAUUCUAGUUCAAGAGCAGACUCUUAAGGAUGGAAAAACAUGUUCAUUGAGUAAUUAUAACUUUAGUGCUGAAAGCUCAAGGGAUGAUUUAGCUAAGAUGAUCAUUCUUCAUGAUUAUCCACUUUCUAUUGUCAAGCAUCAUGGCUUUCGGAAGUAUUCAAAUGGUCUUCAACCUUUAUUUAAGGUGCCUUGUAGAGCUACAAUCAAGUUUGAUGUCAUGAAGAUAUACGAAACAAAAAGAGGUGGUGUAUUGCGAUGUUUGGAAGAAAACGAAAGUAGGAUUGCUCUUACUUCGGAUAUGUGGACAACCGGUAACCAAAACAAAGGUUACAUGGCACUAACAUCACAUUACAUAGAUGGCAAUUGGAAGUUACAAAAUCGGAUUAUCAGGCUCUUAGGUACUCUUUYUCCUUCYUCCUUAAUUUUGAAGGGUAAGUUGUUUCACAUGAGAUGUUGUGCACAUAUCAUUAAUCUCAUUGUGCAAGAUGGGUUUUCUAUGAUUGAGAAAACAAUCAAGAAUGUUAGGGAUAGUGUCUCAUUUUGGACGUGUUCUCCUAAAAGAGCCCAAGACUUUAGACUCGUUGCACGACAACUAGGUGUAGAUUGUGAAAGAGAAUUAGUGCUUGAUUGCAAGACUAGGUGGAAUUCUGUUUAUACAAUGUUGAAUGUGGCUUUAGAAUAUAAAGAUGUCUUUACUCGUUUAAGCAAGAAAGAGAAACAUUAUGUUUCUUUACCUAUUGAAGAGGACUGGAGAAUGGCGACUAAUGUAUGUGAUAAGUUAGGUUUAUUUUAUCGUGUGACAGAGACAUUCUCCGGGACCAAAUACCCCACUUCCAACAUGUUCUUCCCUUUGAUAUGUGACAUAAAAUUAUCUAUUAAGAGUUGGGAAGACGAUGAAAAUGGCAUUAUUAGGAACAUGACAUCAAGUAUGUUGGUUAAGUUCGAUAAAUAUUGGGGAGUCAUACAUGAUGUGAUGAGUGUGGCUAUUGUUCUAGAUCCUAGAUAUAAGUUAAAGUUGAUAAAUUAUUUCUUCCCGAAGAUUUAUGGUGUGGACUCAAAAGAUGAGGUUAUUAGGAUAAGGACUCUAUGUAAUGAUUUAUUUGAGGAGUACAAAAAGAAACAUGACCAGAAUAAAAGGAAAAGACAAAAUGGCACUACUCUUUCAAGUGAGGGGAAUUCUUCUUCAAGCAAGGCCUCAUGGCAAUUGGAUUUUGAGAAUAUGAUAUCUGAGGAUGACAUGUUUGAAAAGACCGAGUUAGAUGAUUACUUGUCAGAGAAAUUGUUACCGCUGGAUGAAGAGUUUGAUAUAUUAAUGUGGUGGAAGUGCAACGGAGUUUUGGGUAACCCAACACAUAGUGGGGUUCGAGACAAUGAGAGGAUGCACAACGAAGUCGAUCAAAAAGGAAUAAAUCAUGAGCUGGACAAGGGCAUUGAAGAUGAACCAUCAUUUGACACGAGUGAAGUACAAUAUCGUGUAUUAAGAACUAGGACAUCUCCAAGGACACUGCACGAAACAGUGCACACACUUAACGAUUCCCAAUGGGCUGCCGUUAAGAGUAUGGGAUUAGGGAGUCUACUUGACAUUAAAAUAGACGGGGUCCCAUCUCGAUUGGGUUUCUAUGUUGUAGUCAAUUUAGACACUACGAAUAUGAGGCUAAAUGUUAGACACGGUUUAGUUCCAAUUACCAUAUCAUCCAUUCAUGACUUACUAGGCUUGCCGACUAGGGGGAUUGAUAUACUUAGUACUCAACAAGAAAAACCUGAGACAAAUCUUAAUGACAUGUUUAAGAAGCAAUUCGUUAAGAAAAGAUGA